CGUCGACCUCGUCCACUCAUCUUCUGGUCGACGACUGAGGCUCCAUCUGCCGAGCGUCCAGUUGACUCCAACGAGUUCCCUAAUCCAUACAACAAAACACCAUUCUAACCAUCUCCACGCGCCCACUCUUGUUCCAUGUAUACGCCGUACCACAUCACUCGCACUAUCGAUUAGACGCGUCCACCCCCGACUCCCGAAUCCCUUUGUUCUCUCGAGCCGUGGCCAUUGUCCCAAUCGCUACCCUAGCUUCAUGAGUCUUCGGCCUGUAAUUCGCUUCGCUUGUCCUCCGGCCCCUGCUUCCACCCUUUGCGCUACCGCAGUAGCACCAAUCUCAGCCCUUUCACGACACGUACCCCUGUCCUAAUCCUCACUCUUUUAUCGAUUCCUUCAUUCUGGUCAAGACACUUUAGGUACCGUUUGCAAACCACAGCCGCCCAUCCUACAUACUCCUGCAUCGACUCUCCUAUAGCCAAGAUCUUCCUCACUCCUCCCUCACUGCGACUUGUUCCUGGUUCGACGUCCUCCUCCUUACUUGUUGGCCUCUACCGUCUUACAGCAUGCGCGACUGCAAAAUCUCACCCUCGUAGUAUCCGUGAGCACGAGCCGGUGGACUUUUUGGCACCAUUUGGCUUGGAUAGUGGCCUGUCUGAUCUGUUGGUGACAAGCAGAGACGCGGAGAUAGUCACCAGGCCGGAAUGAGCGAGGCAUAAUCUCAUCAUGAACCGCUUUCAGUUUGGAUUGAGGAAAUCCUCCGACAGCAUAGACGACAAUCGAAGUCGUUAUGUCCCCAGUUCUGUCUACAGCGCAGGUGGCCCGGGGCCUAUUGCGGAGGAUUCACCGGCGAUUGGACAACGGCCCAAUUUCAUGUCGGGGGCGUUAAGAGGUCCUUAUGAAGAGCAGACACCCCGAUUCAUGACACCCAGCUUUCCUCCUCAAAGAGCCAGCCGAAAUUCCACACUUCUCAACAUCAAUGACCCGGUUGCCAUGCACUUACUCACCGAGACCGCCAUCAGUGAUAGCAGGGAGUACGAGGUCUUGUCCUUUGAGGAGGUAGAGCAGUUGAAAAAGGAAAAGGUGUACCUCCGGGGCAAGGUGGAAACAACGAAGAGGAAAUUGGCCCUUGAAAGCAAACUUCGAGAUGCCGCACAAUCAUUAAACCGACUCUACACAAAACGAGAGAGCAAUGACAGUCCAGAAUCUCCACAGAAGAAACGCAGGAGCUUCCUGGGCUCUAAGCAACCCGAGCCUGAUCCAGUCGCUCGCGCCGAUAUCGAGUUUGCCUCGAGUAACAAGAAGGUGGAGGAUUUGAAUCGAGAACUCAAGGAGUUGGAACUUCAACUAGAGGACAUCGAAAAACGCAUUCUACGCCACACCGCUGGAAUUCUGCAAAUGACCCACAAAGGUCUGAAGAAAAAUGUGAGGAGAACUGAACUACCUCGAAGCCCUGAAAGCAUGACAAGCCAGAUGAAUGGUCGAAACUCGGACGACUUUGACGAGCGAAGCCUCUAUCAAGUUCCAGACUAUGUCACCGACUUUGCCCCUCCUCCACCUCCCAAAUCUCAAUCCGCGAAACGCGACGAACAGCCCCUUGAUAACGUCGCCAGCCGCUUGCAAGAAUUGAAUUUGAGGGUGCAUGCGAUGGUUAACCAGGCCGGCUCUCAGGAACACUUUGACCCACCACCGAUGUCGACCGACGAUGCCGUGGCAGGACGAGUGGGUGUGCAGAUCCAGGCAUCGCUAGGCUACCUGUCACAAGCUCUGGACGCCAUGGAAGCCUCUCGAACCCGCGCGACUGCCGCCGUCGAAAAAUCGCUUUUUGAUUCUGAGGAUCAAGUCGAGGAUGUCAAUUUGCGUCUUCAAGAUAUGCUUGAACGCACAAACUCGGUCGGCCACAGCCCACUCCUGCCCUAUGACGAACCUCGAGGCAAGGAUCUGCAAUCUCAACUCGCCUUCUCCUCCGUUGUGCUCGAACGCUUAAACUCGCGUGUUGAAACACUCGUGGAGCACAAGGAUAUCUUGACUCGACAAAUUCAGCAACAACGUGAACUGAACACCAAGUCUGAUGCGGAGCGAGAUGAACACAUUCAAACUCUGACAGACGAGCUCGAAAGGUCCAAGAAGCUGAAUGAAAUCGCCGAAGAAGAAGCAAAACAUUCUCGAGACCAGAUGGAGCUCCUCAUGGGACAACUGGAUGCCGCCCAGCAGGAGAAUGUGCUACGAGAACAGCAGCGCGGCGUGGAUGACAGCAAAGCCUCUAGUGCAGAGCUCGCUGCGAGCAAAGCCAUGGAAGUCAAGCUUUUGGCGGAUUUGAAAGCGAAGCAGGACGACCAUUCGCGUGUGCAAGCUGAGCUUGCUCAAGUCCGCAGUGAGACCGAAACAACAUCUCAAAAGCUCCUUGUGGAACUGGACGAACUCAAAAAAUCCAAGGAGCAGGACGAGGUCGAAAUCAGUGCUCUUCGACAGCAGAUAACAGAACUCCAGACCGCAAAAGACAGCGCCGACGCCGACCUCCUCAAAGCUCAACAGGAGACAAAUUCACUAGCCACCGAAGUCGCUCGAGUACAGACGGAGCUAACUGUGGCGAGAGCGGAACUGGACGGUGCGUAUGGCUCUCGUGCAGAGAGGGCAGCUGAUGUUUCGAUGAACCCAGCUAUUCAGAAAGAGUUAGACACCCUAAACUCGCGGAACAAGGAGCUGGAGACCCAACUAGAAUUCUUGACUUCUCAACACGAGACCAAAGGAGCUGGUAGUGCCGAACUCCAGAACAAAGUCAAUGCUCUACAACAAGAGCUAAAGGAGAUGAUCGAGGAAUACGAGGUCAUGACCAAACAAAGCAUCGAAGAUGAAAAGGAGAGGGAGAGACUGGAGGAAACAGUCGACUCUCUCCAACAACGAUGCGAGACGGUCGAAAUGCAUUUGAAUGAAGAGAAAUUGAAGUGGAUGGGAGUCAAUGUGGAAGCACCAACCGAGACCAUGUCAACGAUGGUGCUCAAAAACGAAUUCAAGAAGAUGAUGCGCGAGACAAGAGCGGAAAAUCUCAAGACGAUCCGAUCGGAACAAGAAGAGCGUCGUCGUCUCGAAGGCAUCAUCAAGAGCAUGAAGAAGGAGAUGCAACAAAGACAAGCCCGCAAGGCUGCUGCCUUGCCCAACGGAUCAACAGAAUCUCGUUGAACAUCCACCCACGAGAAUCAUGACACAUUGACGAACAACACCAAAUUCUGAAGAAGAGCGAGAGGCGCAGCGAGAGGGCGACAUUGACAUCAACAUUGCAUACAAGCCGGCGGGAGUAAUGCGAAUUGUAUAACUGCAUAGCAAACCAGAAAGUAUGUAUCAACAUCUGCCAACAUGGAUAUAGACACGGAUGGCAGGGGAUUUGGGAGCACUUGUAUUGGACAAUCAGUGCUAUGAAGCGAACAAAAAACAAGGAGAUAUCCAUUGGGUCAUCUGGGUUUAUAUAUAUAUUAUUGUAUAACCAGCAUCGCUGGUUAAUUCCGG